UGCUAGCAAGCUCCGCUAGCUGUCAUGCUAAUGCUAAUCUCUCUCUCUCUCUCUCUCUCUCUCUCUCUCUCUCUCUCUCUCUCUCUCUCUCUCUCUCUCUCUCUCUCUCUCUCUCUGAGUGAAAACCAGCCCAUCACAUCCACCCAGCCUUCAUCCUCACAGCGUUUUCUCUUGAUUACUUUCAGCUUUAUUUGCUUUUGGUUUAUUCUUGAUAAAGCCUGAGAACUGUAACAGGAUCUACAAUGCUGCUUUUCCACCUCUGUACAAAGUGUUUGUAUUUAUAGCUAAUGGGUUAUCUUUUAUUUUUCUCCCCCGAACCACCAAAAACAGGUAAUGUUCUUUUCUGUCUUUUCUGUUUUUCAGUAUGUGACACCAUAUAUGCCUGACCGUUUCUUUUUCCUAAUGUUGAAGUUCUGUUGCGUGUGUGUGUGUGUGUGUGUGAUGUGAUGUGAUGUGGAGCUCCGCGCUCACGCCCCAGGCUUCCGUAUCCUCAUCAGUACCAACAUCAGGACCAGUCUCAUUACCAGAGAUAUCAUCUCCAUGUCUCCAGCAUCGUCCGGGGCAAACAACACCAGUCCAGUUCCCCCUGACCAAACAGAGAGAAGGAGAGAAGAGCAGAGGCCCCAGCAGCAGUCACUGACUGAGGCUCUAUGGCGCGAGUCACACUGGAAAUGCCUUCUCCUCACACUGCUCAUGUACGGCUGUGCGCUCGCUAUGAUAUGGUGCUGCGUGGCCAAGGUGACACUCCUCAGCAUCGAUAAUAACCUCAAGGCCACGUCGACGGUAUACCAUGACAGUGCCUGCUCCAGUGGUUACAUCUAUAUCCCCGUGGCUUUUUUGCUCAUGCUUUACACCCUCUACUUGGUGGAGUGCUGGCACUGUUCCCUGCACUUCAACCUGCAGUAUAAAGUGGAUUUGGAGAGUAUAGUGGAGCGGGUGCAGCGGAUGCAGCAGGCCACACCGUGCAUCUGGUGGAGGGCCAUCAGUUACCACUAUGUGCGACGCACACGUCAUGUGACUCGCUACCGCAAUAGUGAUGCCUACAGUGCCACGCAGGUGUACCACGAACGGGUCAACACGCACGCAGCCGAGGCAGAGUUCGAUUAUGGAAACUGCGGCGUGAAGGAUGUCUCCAAGCAGCUUGCGGGCGUGGAAGACUUCCCUAUCACCAAGCUUCGCUUCACCAAGUGCUUCAGCUUUGCCAGUGCGGAGUCAGAGAACUCCUAUCUGACACAGAGGGCACGGUUCUUCACCGAAAACGAGGGGCUGGAUGACUACAUGGAGGCUCGUGAGGGCAUGCACCUUAAAAAUGUAGACUUCAGGGAGCACGUAAUGGUAAUCUCUGGCCGACUGCCUUGGUUUUUGAGGCGCUGCGUGUUUUGGAUAGCAGCGGUUCUGACGCUCUCUUGGCCCUUGCGUAUUCUGAACGAGUAUCGCACAGCUUAUCUUCACUACCACGUGGAGAAGCUGUUCGGCUUUAAUCAUUUACACUACUGCCACCACAUCUCCAGGAUGAACGCAGUCGAUAGCACAGAACUAGAGUGGCACAUCCGCUCCAACCAGCAACUGGUGCCCAGUUACUCUGAAGCUGUGUUGAUGGAUGCGACUCUGUCUGGACGAGACUCCUUCUCCCCCCAGAACUGCGAGCGCUGCCGUAGGGCCUUGAGUGGCUCGUCCAUUUUCUCACGCAGCGCCCUCAGUCUUUUUUCACUAGGUCAUGCAUAUGGCAGCCUGAACGAUAGCUCCGCCCCAGAGCACCAACAACCGUCUCCUCCAACCUAUCAGGACGCAUUGCGCUUCCCCGUGCUGAUUGUGCACCGCAGCGACGGCUGCCUCAGCAAUGAGCAUCGCUUACUGCAUCAUAACGGCUCUAGCGUGGAGACUUCCUUAUGACCUAUGCUAAUUUCAUCGAUUUUCAGGGAUUUGAAAGAAAUCACAGAUACGGAGUGCUGAAAGACCUUUAAACUUGAAGGCUGAAUGGAACUGCUUGUGUCAGUCUAGUUUUAGCACGAUGGGAAAAACUUAGUUCGGCCAAGUUUUAUGAUUGCCCAGAAUGCGGUAAAAUUUCUGUCCUCGUAAGCAAUGCAUUACAGCAGGCUGAUGGAAAAUGACACAGCUAGCCUCAUGCAGGCCAGCUUAUCUUUUUUUUUUGCCAUAUUAGUUCAAGCCCUACGUAAUAUAAGAAAGUAAUAUCUUACUUGAAUCUUGAAUCUUGAGUCUUGAAUCUUGAAAGUGAUGGCAAAUAUUCACGAGAAGAGUUUAUUCCAAUGGUAAAAAAAGGUUUUAAAAAAAAACCCCCACAAAGAAACAAAAAACCCCACCUCUGAUGCCAUGAUCACUAUGACGAGGUAAAUAUAAACUAAUCGGUCUUGCUAAUACAAAAAUCUAUUUUGAAAUUAUUAAGUAGAAGAAGAAGCCUUUAUUUGUCACAAACACAUUACAUCAGAGUAAAAUUCUUUUCUUCACAUAUACCAGUAUGUUAGGAAGUUGGGGUCGGUGCGCAGCGGCAGCCAUGAUACAGCGCCCCCUGGAGCGGAGAGGGUUAAGAGCCUUGCUCAAGGGCCCAACAGUGGCAGCGCUGGGGCUUGGAACCUCCGACCUUCUGAUCAGUAACCCAGAGCCUUUAACCGUCAGUAUAAAGGCAAAUUAAAGUCCCAAAUUUCAAGCAAAUGUAGCAAUAAGUCUGAAAAAGUGAAGAAUAUAAAUCAGUUAGUCAUAAUGUUGCAGCCUUAAUACAAAUUCUUAAACAAAUUAGUCGGACGUAAUUUUCUCCUUCAAUAUUCAGUAUUUUAUAUAUGCUAUUUAAUAUUGUGUAAUUAAGCUAAAAUGAGUUAAUACCCUCUGAAAAUGUUUAUUUAUUUCCUUCUUAUUACAUUACGCUAGCCAUCUUUAUGUCAGAUGAAACGCUAUGAUAUAAUGGCAGUACACCUUCUCUGACACAGUUUAUAUUUCCAAACAAACACUUACUUAACUUCGAUGUUAACUACUGUAUCUCACCAACACUUACAACUAGAAAUUACAGAAGCAAUGGAUCUGGUUAUUUUCUUCAUUUUCAGGCUUCCUUCAGGAGGUGUAAUUUCCAAUCAGCAUCCGUUAACACCGAGAGAAACAUCUCAUUAUCAUUGAAUUCAUUAUGUAGUCUCUACCACAUUUGCCAUCAGUGAAGACUUUAACGAUCAUGGGGAUUGGACUGCAGGGCUGCAACUAUGCAAAAAAAAAAAAAAAAAAAAUGCUGGAUAGCUCUAAAAGCAGUUUAUUUCCAAACAAAAAGAUUUUUUUCCGAACCUAUUUAUAGUGAUUUUAGGCCUCAAUGUAAAUAUUUUAAAACAAGCAGAUGUAAGGACGAUUUUAAGGAACAGAAUAAAUUAUUUAAAGGAUUCUGACAGAUGUGUCUUGGUAACCAUUACUACCUUUGAUACAUUUUCGUAUCCUGCAUAGUUUAUCAUUUAAAUGACAUUGUAUCAUUUUUUAAAAUAUUUUUUUUUUUAAAAAUUCACCUGGAAUUUUUUUUCUCUGUGAUAAAUGCUUCCAUUUUUAAUCUGUAAUUUAUUUAUUUAUUUUUUUUAAAUCAGCACUAAUGCUAUAUUUUGAGGUGCUUAUACGCUGGGCCUUUUCAUUGUGCUGUGUUGUCUUGACUUGUGCAGUGACCACCUGAGCGUCCAUAAAAAAAAACGCUUUUGUGAUUUUACACUUGUGAUUUUACACUUGUGAUUCCCUUCUUUAUUGUAUUGUGGUGUGAGCCGUGGGUUUUUAAAGGUUUUGCCAGACUGUGUGUUAUACAGGCCGUUCCGUAUGCCGUUCCUCUGGUUUGUAAAUGUAUAAAAUUGUGAAUGUGUUCAAUACUAUAUUCAUUAACAGGCUUCCCAGGGCCUCCGUGAUGGAGGAGCCCACAGUGGUGCUAGAGUAAAUGAGUAAACAAUAAGAAAUGAAAUAUUUCAUCAAAGCCGUGACAAAAGCAGCGAGGUACACCGCAGGGCUUUGGGUGCUGUGAGUGUGUGGAUGAGGGUUGUGAGAUGGGGUUGUGGGAAAUGGGACCAGUGUCAUAACCAUA